AUGGCGAGCUCACGCAUCACCAAGAAGGACAGGGCAACGGUGGAGGUGGCGGCGGCCUCACCGCACACGUCUCGUCUGAUUGCGUUGCAGGCGUCCCUGUCCGGCUCCACAGAUCUUAAUCCUCUAAGCGAUCUGCUAGCGCUGAUCAGCGAACUCUCAGCAAUACCAGAUGCCGCCUCUACGCUGCUGCCCAAGAGCAUGUCGCUGCUCAUGCACUCGAUUUCUGCUUUGGUGCGAGCAGACAAGGUCCCGUUGGACGCAUUUGUAGACGCAGAAGGAAAGCUCCAAGUGCAUGCGCACAACGAACAGCAGGACGCGAGCUUGAUGGUCAAAAAGUGGAUCUCUGAGCGCUUCAACGAGAGCGUGCAAUGCUUUUGCGCGCUUCUUGGACACGAAGCUGAGCAUGUGCGGGUGAGUCGAGAGCAGCCGUCGAUUGCAUUUGACGCUCCUGUUGACUCUGUCUUCCGCAGCUGCUCGCCCUCAAGUACCUUGUGGCGCUCCAAGUCAGCAGUUCGGCCUCUCUUACUCAUAUACGCAGCAAGCCCAACGCAAAUGCUACUUCCGAUGCACACACGUCUCUGGGUCAAUGGGCGUCUGCGCCUUUUAGGGCGCUCAUGCUCGUUUUGCUCGCUGGUCCCAAGGCAUCCGCACUCGCAGCGGAUGUGAGAGACGCUUUCGUCAAAGAGUAUUUGGAGGAGUACGACGAUGUUCGCCUGGCGGUGUGCAGGGAAGUCAGGUGCGUGGCGUGUCGAGCUUCGAUAAGGAGCGCCCCCAUUCACGCCUUGAUCUCCGCCCCCCCACAGAACCAUCUUGCACGCCAUUCCGCCAUCGCUUGCAGAGUCGCGGCUGCGAGAGAAUGGCACCGAGCUGCUGCUCCGCUUGACCGAAAUUCCAAAGGUCGUCCAGGAUCUCAACACCUUUAUCGUGCCGCAGCUGCAACACCCUCCCCCUUCGUCAGACGCACCCGAUGCCAAGGGCGGCAAACGCAAAAAGUCGCUCGCAGGCGCCUCGCGUGCAUCCAAAAAGCAAAAAGUCGUCGACGCAGGUGGGAGCGAGAAUGAGAGCGACGAUGAAGCGGAGGAGGAGGACAUGCAGGCAUGGUUCUCCGACUCGGAUGACGAGGAGCAGGAAAAGACACGCGCUGGCAAGGGCAAAGGCUUCAAGGGAGGACCCGGGCCUCGCCGCGAUGAGCCAGAACAGAUUCGCGCCGGCAAUCACACCCCCACACCGGGCUCAUGGUCAUCGAUGGGCCGAAAGAGGAGCCGUAGGGUGCCACCGUUUCACGUGUGUGUGCACAACCUGGCUGCGCACAAGGCCGCUUUUAGUGCGGCGUGGUACGCAGUGUUGCUGCCUCGACGCGAUGAAGAGGGUCGCAUAGCAGGCGGCCCCAUUCCGCAGCACGUCAAUCACCAAGUGCUGCUACGCUUCCACAAUCAAAUCUUGCCGAAUCUGUCCAAGCCGAGACUCGUUGUGGACUGGCUCGUAGAUUGCCUCGAAGCUGGUGAGUGCUAGUAGGGUCCUUGUUUCCGUGCUCUGCUUACACGCCUCUCCGGAAAUUAGGUGGAGCGACCUCUCUGCUCGCAUUGAACUCGCUCUACACUCUUAUGCUCUCGCACAACCUUCAGUACCCAUCCUUUUACAACAAGCUUUACUCGCUCCUGAUCUCCGACCCACCGUUCCUGCACGUGCGCUACCGAGCACGCUUCUUGCGUCUCCUAGAUAAUUUUCUUGCCUCCUCGCACCUUCCCGAAGCGCUCAUCGCUUCGUUUGCGAAGCGCAUGGCCAGAGCCAGCUUGAGAGCUCCACCAGCUGCGGCCGUCAGCGUCAUUCCGUUUGUCUGGAACCUGCUCAAGAGGCACAAGGGCUGCCUUGGACUGAUACAUCGCGUCUUUAACGACGAUCGCUUCGAUCUGGGACCCAAGGGCAUCGAAGGUGCGUUCAGCUCGUGCGUUCGGCUCGGCAAAAUUCCCCUUCUGAGGCUGCGCCCGCCCCCUUCCCAGACCCGUACGACGCGCUCGAAACAGACCCGCUCAAGACUCGUGCGCUAGACUCUUCGUUGUGGGAGCUUGCAGCUCUAGGAGCCUCUUUAUCGGCGCGCGAGAAGCAAGGCGGCGGAUUGUCAGGGGCCACUUUUGCAGACGAGGCUGGAGGUCAAUCGCACUACCUGCAAGGCGUAACCACCCUCUCGCACAUCCUCGCCGAGCCCUUUCUCAAAGACAGGUGGAAUCUGGAAGACUUUUUGGACAUGACGUACGCCACUGUGAGUCGCCACGAUUCUUGAAAAAAGCAUCGCAGGCAGGGGCAUCGCCGCAAGCUCACGAAUCCCGUCGCGCGCCAUGCCCUCGCAGCUCUUCGAGUCGGAAAUCGCUCGCACACUUCGACCGACGGCAUCGCAGGACGACCACAGGGCACGGCCUCGCCCUCAAGCCGUGCCAGCGCUAUCGCACAAGCUCUUGCCCGUCGCUCACAUCUUUCCCUCGCUCAAGGCUCAUCAAAAGAUCGACGAAGCUGCUGCAAAAGCGCGAAAAGAAGUCGAGCAGCUCAUGCAGGAGAGCGUGCCCGAAGCUGGCCAAGGAGAGGAUGACGAAGAUCGAGAAGCGCGAGAGGCGGUGUGGGAUGUGCAACGCCAAGCCAAAAUGCGGGAAGCUGAGCGCAAAGCAUUAGCAGCCGAUCAGCGAGACAUUUGCGCAAGACUUUGGGCAUUCUGA